AUGUUGCUGAACAGUGCUGGCCCCACCAUGAUGUCUGGUGUAGUUGCGCUGAUAUUUCUACAACAUGUUUCCAGUUCCAACUUUAAGUUGGUUUGUUAUUUCACCGAUUGGUCUCAGUAUCAUGAUGGAUUGGGGCGUUUUACUCCUGAUGACAUUGAUCCACUUCUCUGCACCCACAUCAUUUAUGCUUUUGCCAACAUAAGUGAUAACCAGAUUGCCUCCAAGCAGAACGACAUGAGAACGUAUGACAGUAUCAGACGCCUUAAAGUCAAAAAUCCCACACUGAAGACUCUUCUCUCUGUUGGUGGAUAUUCAACAGGAUCUAAACCCUUUAGAGAUGUAACAAGAUCUCCAGCCACACGUUCAGACUUUGUGCUGUCAGUGGUGCAGUUUCUUCGGAAUCACGGUUUUGAUGGCUUGGAUCUUAAUUGGCAAUACCCAGAAGAGAGGGAUAAAAGACGUUUUGCCGACCUGGUUCAGGAUUUCUUUCAUACAUUUAAGUCAGAGGCUGGAGACAAUGCACGUAUGGAAAAACUCAUACUGAGUGUUGCAGUAUCAGCUGUAACCACUGAUGAACACUAUGAUAUUGGGGAAAUCAAAAGAUUUGCAGAUUUCAUAAAUUUAAUGACCUAUGAGUUCCAUGGUUACUGGAACGAUGGCAGUCACAAGUACACAGGGCAUACAAGUCCCCUUCACAGGGGCAGAAAUGACCGUCAAUUUGAGUUGUUAUAUAAUGUGGAUUCUGCUGUACAGUACUUAAAAAGUUUGGGUGUUCAAGAUGAGAAGAUCAUCAUGGGAGUCCCCACAGAGGGGCAGAGUUUCACUCUUUCUUCCAGAAAUACUAGGGUUGGGGCUGGAGCUUCCGGUCCAGGAACACCUGGUGCUUUCACAAAUAUUUCAGGAAGUCUGGCCUAUUAUGAGAUCUGCAUUUUUAAUCAGGGUGCCAAGAAAGAAUGGAUUACUGAGCAAAAAGUUCCCUACUCAUACAAAGGAAACCAGUGGGUAGGGUAUGAAGACACGAGAAGUGUUAAGGCUAAGGUCCAGUAUAUGAAAAAUAACCAUUUAGGAGGCAUCAUGAUUUGGGCACUUGAUCUAGAUGAUUUCUCAGGUUCUUUCUGCAAUGAAGGAAAAUAUCCACUGGUUGAAGCUGUUAAAAAAGAACUGGAUGGAGUUGUAGAUAGUAUAGGUAAACCACCAGAGAAUAUACCUGAAGAACCAGAUUUUAUCAAAGGAUAAACUGGAAUAUAAGGAUAACCUUGAUGGUUAAAGGAAGCUUUAUGCUCUUAUUCUAGGGAAUGAUACAAAUGACCAAAUUGCUGUGUGAGAAACAUGAUGAACUUUACGUGUUUCUCAAAUGCUAUAAUAUAGACAACCAUGAUUAGUUUUAUGUGGUUUUAUGAUUAAUGUGGUUCUAUCCUUACUAAUUUGCUUCAAUGGACUAAAGUCAUUUACACAACCUAGUCCUUCCUACCUGCUUCAUUUUUUGUCUAUGUUUGGGGUUGGUUGGGGUGCUUAUUAUAAAAGAUGCUUCCUUCUGGUCUCACUAUUUGAAAUAAAGUAACUCACAUUAUGAAUUGGGCUGCAUGCAUUGUAAUUUUUAAAUAUAUGCCUAGUGGUUUCAAUAAAACAUUUUC